AUGAAAAUUAAAUUUAGUCAAAAAUUUGAAUGUCAUUACGGGAACAUCGAUUGGGAGCCUGUGACGAUUGGUGAAUCUGGUGCACAAGUCUAUCGCAAUGAUACAUUCGUAUUAAAAAUCCAGAGAAUAACAAAGCGACAAAGUCUUUUGCAGGAAAAGUCGAGAAUUGAAUGGUUAAAAGGAAAAAUCUCUGUGCCAGAUAUUAUUGAUUAUCAAGUAGACGAAACAUUUGAAUAUUUAUUAAUGAGUCGUUUACAUGGAAUAGAUGCAGCUCAAACCAAAUGGAAAAAUGAUCCAAUUAGAUUAGUUCAUCAAUUGGGAUCUGCACUUCGACAAUUUCAUGAUAAAAUAGACAUUAAAAACUGUCCAUUUGAUGAGGGUAUCAAUCAGAAACUAAAAGAAUGUCUUGGUCGAGAAGAUGCAAAUGAUCAGUUGAUUGCUGAGUUGUUGGCAAAUGCACCACAAGAAGAAGAACUUGUUUUUACACAUGGUGAUUAUUGUCUACCGAAUAUAAUUAUCGAUGAAGAACAAUGUUGUGUUGUUGGUUUUGUCGAUCUUGGACGUGCUGGAAUGGCUGAUCGAUAUAAUGAUAUAGCUCUUGCUCUACGCAGUAUUCAAUAUAAUCUUGGAAAUGAUUAUAGUCACAUUUUUCUUGAGGGAUAUGGACUUUUCUCCAGUUGGGAUGAAAAGAAAAUUGAUUUUUAUCAGAAACUUGAUCAAUUGUUAUAA